AAAAGAGUCUGGAGAAAGGCUUAAGCAAAGGACUUAUCAAAAUAUUCUCUAGAAAAUGUGUACCUUUGUCAUUCCUUGGACAAUUUAAGCGAUAAAUAGCUUAUUUUAUGGCGAAUUAAAGCCACUAAAAACUAGCAAAAAUAUAGUUUAAAAAUGGUAAACAACUUUGGGUCGAUAUGUCUUCAGGGAUAGCCACUGUAUGAAUGAAAGGACAUCUCCCUCUAGUAUAUUCUGGCAGUUCCAAGCUCGAAGGGCACUUGAUCUCCAGACCAGCUGCAAAACUGUCUAAAUAUUCAACUAAAUGAUGUAUUAUUUUAGUCGAGAAUCAACAGCCCCUCGAGCCACUAAUCAAAAAUAAUCACUCAAGUCGCACAGUCGGAAUCGGAAUCCCAUUUGUGCUUGGACUUAGCUUUAAGGAGGCAACAUCAUUUGCUGCACGUUGAGUCGUAUACAAGAUCCAGCAGGAGCGGGGGCAGGAGCGGGGGCAGGGGCAGCAGGAACAUCAACAGCGACAGCCGUGUCCGGCUCCUUGGAGCUUCUUCGGGUGGCCAGGCUUGGCCACGUUUUUAUGUACUUUUAAGUGUGCAAUUAAAGGUCAAUUGCCGGUUGGGUCGUGGCACCGCGGAGAGCACGUCGGAGGAAGAGCUGCUGUAUCCCAUAAAAAGGGCGUCUGGGCGGACUGCGGAGGGCGCACAGAAGAUACAUCCCAAAAUUACGAGUAAACCGUUUCGAACAUGAAGAAUCUGAUUGAAUACAAGGCCGGUCUGAUGGUCCUCCGAGCCCGAAUGUUCGAGCCGGACAGCCGCAAGGGUCUGCUCUACUUGUGCCUCAUGGAGACUGAGAUCCACAUCUGCUGGAAGGAUCGCCGGACGGACCGAGUCGAGCUGGACAUUCUGGCCGUGCCGGGUGUGCCGCGCUUCCAGCGCGUCAGCCAGGUCAACACGGGGCGUGUGUAUGUCCUGAGGUUCGAGGGCGCCAGGCAGCGCCACUUCUUUUGGAUGCAGGAAGCGUUUCCCGAACGCGACGACGACUUCUGUCGGCGCUUCAACGAGCUGAUUGUGGCUUCCAAGGAACCGGAGCCUCCGAAGAUCGAACUCCUUGAUCCUGACCAUCCUCGCGGCGGUGGCGGCAGUGAUGUCCCUGCUCCUCCGCCACCUGGCAAGCUCGGCGCUCUGGCGACGAGUGUCUUGGGGUUUCUGGGCAAAGUGGGCAACAGCCUGCUCGAGCUGGUCAAAAAUGCUUUGGUCCCCGAGGGGCAGGCGCCCGAGUCCUUCUUGGAUCCCGAUUUGCGACAGCCUGAAAGUCUGGCCACCGCGAUGCGCCGCCAAAUGAGCAGCUCCCUUGAACUGAUGGACUUUUCGCCGGAGAGCCUGCACCGCCUGAUGGCCUGCCUGCCAAUGGACUCCGACCGCGAAGUGAUCGAGAGCCAGGCCGCGGCCACGGCUGUCCCCGCGGCAGUGGCGGACACCCUGAAGAUGGGCCUGGUGGCCGACCAUGUGCGCUCGGCGCAGUUCUACGAGGCCCUCUUGGAGUUUGAAUCCGCCUUUCAGCGGUGCCAGCUCGUCGGAAGCCUCGAGGCGCUGUCCCUGGGGCCCGCGGCCCUGAGAGCGGCUCUCGACGGCGACUUCGAGGGAUUCCUGUGGAUCCUCAAUGAGCCUGGCGCGUUCAUAGAAGAGCAGGAGGAUGCCAAUUGAGGAACACUGGAGCUGGGACUGGUCAUAAAUAAGUCAGAGCCACACACAGGAAAAAAAACACAAAAUAAAAUACAACGUACAAAAUGCAA